CAUCAAAGGGCUGGCGUGUCACUUUUCUCUUUCUACCGUGGAGAUGAGGUAUCAAGGAAGAUUUUUCUUUUCGAGGCCCAGCCUGUGUCACUACCCGCCCCUAGCAUCCAUGUCUAGAUUGUUGGACUCGUCCUUGUCUAUCAAGAAGUUUAACCCGGCAGCGUAUCCUUAUCCCCAGCCGAAUAUAGCGGCAGGCACUCGGCAUCUGAACGCGCAUGAGAUCUUGCAUACCCUUCUUCUACAUGUUGAAUGGCUACAGCGGGACCGCCACAGGAAGUUAUAUAUACAUACGGAUAGUGUAUGUUAGCACGCUUUCUUUUUGCGGCGCAUCCAGGCAAGGUCCUCCUCGGUCGCGCAAGGGCGUCGCCUCAACAAUCACCCAAAUCGCGUUGUUGGAAGGGCUGGCACCAUUCCCUUGCGACAGACAAUCAACCGAGAUCAUUCACAUAGUGAUGCACUCGUCGA